GUCACAGUCAGUCUCACUCAGUCGCAUUGUUAAACCUACGGUGCUCGCUUGUCGGUGAAUAAUUGUUGAACAUUACAUAGGUACAACAUAGUAUUCACUGUUAUUUUAUUAGUCUUAAUCCUUAAGAUUAUUAAAAUGGCCCAAAGUAACCCCGUGUUUGACUACCACGAAGAGUCUCAAAGCGAGAAAUUGGCGCGUAAAUCAAAGGAAUCUCCGUUUAUGAUAAUUGGUCUAGGCGGGCUGGCGGCGGCCGUGGGCAUGGGCGCGUACCAGUACAAGCGGCGCGGCGCCAUGAGCACCAGCGUGUUCCUCAUGCAGUUCCGCGUGAUCGCGCAGGGCGCCGCCGUGGGCGCGCUCACCGCCGGCAUGGCCUACACCCUCUUCAGGAACCACUUCUUCAAGCCCAACAAGGAGGACCUCAUCGCCGCCAUCAAACCUAAUGAACACUGAUGCUCACUUAUUGCACUUCUGCUUGAUUAAGGUACGGUUGCACGAAACCGUCUGUCACCGUCAAAGCGUUCGCUGAAUUUUAUUAUAUGAAAAGUUGCAUAGUUCAGUGCUGGAUUAUGUUGAUCAGUCCGUCAAUUGUAGUCAGUGCAACCGGCCCUUAGUCUAGUUUACUCGAUCCGCAGCCAUCUGCUAGCACAAUAGCGUGAUUAGCGUUUAACCUUCUUGCGGCACCGGCGAUUGUCUAUUUUACAAAACGAGUAUUUUAUAUUUAAUAUAAUAUAAAUAAAUAUUGGUGCUCGAGGAAGUGAGAGUAGUGAGCAAGGCAAGGAUUGUGAUAUAGGUACUUUUAUUACUAAUAAAUUAUUAGUUUAUAGGUUCUACGCUGACGACCAGCGCGAAACAGAUAGUACUUACCCUUACUACGUUUAUUUAUUUUCUUAAUUACCAACGUCUUAUAUUUUUGUAAAGUUUUCCUCUAUGUUGUUAAUGCGUGCCGGUCCUUAAUUCCUUAUUAUAAGCGAAUAAGUAUUUUAUUGCCUUUAUUAUUGAAUUAUAUUUGAUAUAAAUCAAUUAUCCUAAUAGUGCUGAAAUUUUAGAUAAUUAAUGACGAUGAUGUGUGUUGUUCGCGCGUGUGUGUGUAUGUAUGUGUGUGUGAGGAAUGUACCUCAGAUCUGUUUUGUAUCCCAGAUCCUGAAAGGGAAGCUCAAUUUCUCAAUCUACUUAUUGAAUUUGCACAUUACAACUGUCAUUUCAGUACAAAAUAGAAGGCAGAUUGGAAAGUAGAUUGAUUGGACGAUUGAACUGUGGUUUUACUAUCUGGGAAUUAAAAACAAUAAUUUAGUGUCUGUCCGGCACCUAUCCGGUGACAUUCGCUUGCCCUUAAUGGUCAAAAGGGCGAAUUAGCCCACCCUCAUUUAUUUAUUUUAUUGUAUUUAAUUAGUCCUAAUGGAUGAUGAUGAGUGAGGUGAUGAUAGGAUUGUUACGAAAUGAUUCCUUUCUGAUUCCGAGUAUGACGAAAUUGACGAAAGCAAAUUGCCUAAACGUACACAAGUACCUAUUUAAUUAAUUGUAAAUGUACACACCAGAAAGCAGGCCAAUCGAGUAGAUCUAGUGCCUCAGAGAAAUAAACUUAGAAUAUAUUUUGCUAUAUUCGUGUAUUUGUAUUCGUCACAUUGGUACCUAUCGGAAUUCUGGGGCGAGUCCUCUUGUUACAUGUGUUACUCGUAGUUCAGCAUUAAAUUAUUAUGAAAA